AUGAUAACUGAGAAAGAUGUCGAGGUCAGCUGUUUCACGCCAAGGGAUUACCAGGUUGAACUUCUCGACAAGGCUUGCAAACGUAAUGUUAUCGUUCAACUCGGUACAGGUGCUGGGAAAACAUUCAUAGCUGUUUUGCUGCUGAAGGAGUAUGGACUUCAAAUUAUGGCACCGUUCGAAAGCGGCGGAAAACGAGCGUUCUUUGUUGUUGACAAAGUAGCUCUCGUGGAUCAGCAAGCUGAGCAUAUUCAGUGCCAUACUACGCUUACCGUUGGGAGAAUGCAUGGCAGUUUGAAUAGCGAUGUGUGGAAUAAGCAAAGCGGAUUCGAGGAUUUCAUGUCUGUACAUAAUGUAGUAGUCAUUACGGCACAAGUGUUUCUUGAUUUGAUAGAUCAUGCCUACUUCAACAUCGCAAAACUUGCUCUCGUUAUAUUCGAUGAAUGCCAUCAUGCGCUUGGCGUUAAACAUCCGUAUAGGGUGAUCAUGGAUCGGAUUAUGCGGCCUGAACAGCCUCGGAUUUUGGGUCUCACGGCUUCCCUUAUCAACGACAAAACUCCACCCAAUCAGUUGGAGGCAAAACUUUCCAAGUUGGAGUGCGUUUUGAACAGUGCUAUCGAAACAGCCUCUGAUCUCGUAGCG